AUGGUGUUCAACGUCGCGUCGGAGAAGGAGCUCCAGCACAUCCUGAGGGCGCAUCCGCAGACCGUGGUCCACUUCUGGGCCCGGUGGUGUGAGCCAUGUGCUUUCCUGGACACCGUCCUGGAAGCCAUCGUCUCCGACGCCCCCUCCCUCGCCGUGGUCCGUGUUGAGGCAGAGGAGUUGCCCGAGCUGUCUGAGCGCUACGACGUCUCCGUGGUGCCCUACUUUGCCUUCUUCAAGGAUGGCCAGCUGGUGGACACCCUGGAGGGCGCCUCCGCCGCCGACCUCUCCUCCAAGGCCCUGGCCCUGGGUGCCAGGGCGUCGAUGCCUAGCAACGGCACCCCCGCCACCGAUGCCGCAGUCGCAGCCAUUGCCCCAGUGACAAAAGCAGCGCCUGCCGUGGCAGGCGACGAGCGCCUGCGGGUCCUGGUCCAGCGCAGCCCCAUCAUGCUCUUCAUGAAGGGCUCCCCCGACGCCCCCCAGUGCGGCUUCUCCGCCAAGGUCGUGGCAGCAUUGCGCGCCGUGGGAGCGGACUUCGACUCCUUUGACAUCCUGGGCGACGCUGGGGUGCGCCAAGGCCUCAAGGCCUACUCCAACUGGCCCACCUUCCCGCAGCUCUACGUGGCGGGGGAGCUCCUGGGCGGCUGCGACAUUGUCCUCGAGCUGGCCGCCAGCGGCGAGCUGGCCGCUGAGCUGGCGGCUGCGGGCGCGCCAGGGGACGCGGACCGCACCGCGCAGCUCACGGCGCUAGUCAACUCCUCCCCCAUCAUGCUCGUCAUGAAGGGCACGCCGGAGGAGCCACGCUGUGGGUUCAGCCGCAAGGUCGUGGACGCACUGAGGAGCACCGGGACGGCGUUCGGGACCUUUGACAUUCUGUCCGACCAGGACGUUCGAGCACGUCUCAAGCUAUAUGUCAAGGGACAGCUACUGGGAGGCUGCGACAUCGUGCUCGAGAUGGCUGCAGAUGGCAGCCUCAAGGAAACCAUUACGGAGAUGCUGGCGUGA